CAGGGCUUUGUCUCGUUAAGUCAACCCUAAUCGGGCAUAAUGUCUUUCAUUUGUCUCAUUGAAGGGGGAGGGGAGUGAAAGUAUAGAGGAAGAGAGGGGGAUUUAACAUUCACAAAAAAGGCGACACCAACAGAGAAUGCGCGAUGGAGAAAAACGACAGAGGUGAGGAAGAAGAGGAAGAACAGAGGCGAGAGAGGGGGGAGGCUGGUCGUUUGUAUAGCUUGUGCCCCACUGGGAAGAAGUUCCGGAGCAAGCCACAAUUGGCCCGUUACCUUGGCAACUCCAUGGAUCUCAGCUCCUUUGAUUUCCGCACGGGCAAGAUGCUCAUGAGCAAACUGAAUAAAAACAGACAGAGACCCCGAUAUGACAACAACAGCCAGUCUAAGGGCAAACCCGACCUGAACACAUCUCUUCCAGUACGACAGACUGCGUCCAUCUUCAAACAGCCCGUCACAAAAGUUACCAACCACCCUAGUAAUAAAGUCAAGACAGACCCACAGAAGGCCAUUGACCAACCCAGACAGCUUUUCUGGGAGAAGAAACUGAGUGGCCUCAAUGCCUUUGAUAUAGCAGAAGAGCUGGUGAAAACAAUGGACCUCCCGAAAGGUUUACAAGGAGUUGGCCCUGGGUGUACAGAUAAGACUUUGUUGUCGGCUAUUGCCAGCGCUCUUCACACCAGUGCUGCUCCCAUCACGGGCCAACUGUCGGCAGCUGUGGAGAAGAACCCGGGUGUUUGGCUUAACACGGCUCAACCUCUCUGUAAAGCCUUCAUUGUCACAGAUGAAGACAUCAGGAAACAAGAGGAGCUGGUGUACAACGUUCGAAAGCGUCUGGAAGAAGCUUUAAUGGCCGACAUGUUGGCUCACGUGGAAGAAACGUCCAGCGAUGGAGAGACACUUAAGAAGGAGGGAAACUGCAAUGAAGACAAACAGGAAGCAUAGCAAAAGGCAUCAGAAUAUGUCUGAAUUACCUGAACUUGAGUUUCCCAACACAGUCACACAUCUACCGACAGACGCUCCUCCGAUCAGCGCCUCACGUUACCAUGAAACCCAUCGCCAAGCUUACCUAAAUCUUCAUUUGCGCCCACCAGUUGGGAUCUUACAGAGACUUUUGAAUUGGAUUUCAGGCAUGAUGCUUUUAUUUUAUUUUUUAACUUUGUAUAUUUUAUAAAAGAACAAAGUGUUGGAAAAGACGCAGUUACUAAUUGCAGACGGGGCGAACUGCAUCGAGUGUUUUCCAAAAUGUUUCCGGAGGGUGUAGUUGGAUUUGAUACGGAGAUCAAGUCAAAAAUACAAUCCUUUGGUUCUAGUGGGUGCUAAAAAUAUAUCACAGCUGAUAUAAACUGUUUGUGUUCGUGUACGGCCGUCUCUGAGAUUGAAAUAGACCCUCCUGAUAUCCAAAGUUCCUCCAAAGACAUUUUGGUCUUAUGUAUUGACUUUCACUAUUAGUAUUAUUUUCACAUACCUGACUCUCGUUUCUAAAUAAUAACAUAAGAAGGAAAAUCUGUAUUAUGAAAUUUAAUACUGAUUCAAGUGUUUAUGAUGUUGUUUAAAGGGAUAGUUCACCCAAUAAUUUCAAUUCUGCCAUCAUUUACUCAUCCUCAUGAGUAAAUUAUGGCAGAAUUUUCAUUUUUGGGGGAACUAUCCUUUAAGGGAACAAUGAGUUAAUAGUUACAAAGGGUGUUAAUGGAGCAGAGAUGGCCAAACCCAACUCGUUUUUAUUUUUAACUCAUCUGGUGCUUGUAAAACUGCGUGACUUUUCUUUAUAAGCUAUUCAUACUUGACACUGAAUUGCAUUUUCCUAUUUGAUAUUGAAAUGUAAAUGGUGAUUCGUUUAACGUAAUGCGCGAUUCAUGCAAAGUGAUGUGCAAACAUCAUCCUGUGAUUUAGCAUUUAAAUAACACGUAAUCGGGUGGAAAUUAUGACUUUUAAAAAGAUCUAUUCCACGUUUUGUUCAUAGCCCACAUCAGCAUGACAACUGCCAAGUUUACUUCUGCAUUUCUCAGAAUAAAGUGUUCAUGUGUGUUGAAUCUCUA